AAUGUAUCCUUUUUUUUUUUUUAAUGAAAUAUAUAAACAAGUUAAAACUCUUACCCGGCAGCCUGAAAGGCCCAGCAACUAUUUUUUUUCCCCCUUUCAUUAAGCUGGGUUACAGACAGCCACCUUUCUCAUCACAUCCUUCCAACGUUUCUCAUACUCUCUCUGUGGCAGGGUCUUCCUCUCCAACCAGAUCUUGCUAUUCAGACGGUAUCUGGAGUAAGUUAAUAAACCGGGCCCAGAAACGAAGGACCCUGUCACGAAACCUUCCAUUCUAGUUCUCCGCACAUACUCUUUCAAUACUGCCACCGUACAGUAAAAACAAGCCUCACCUUCCUUUGAGAGUUCAGUUGGCGGUAUCAUCUUCGUUAUAGAUCCAGUCGACAGCUGUACUCGUCCCAGAUGCGACAAGUUUUGAAGUCAGAGGAAAUGUUUUCACCUUAGUGGAUUGCUAAUGAAAGAUGACAUCAUAGAAAUGUAUUUGUUAAAAUACCAAUGUAGAGGAUUUCAGCUGAUUCAUUAUAAAAGAUAUGAAAUUUUAUUUUCUCAAUUUUCAAACACAAAAUGAAUACCAUACUAUUCUGUGGUCAAUUAGUGUGAAUGUGUCAUAGUCUGAUGGAAAGCAAAAUGGUUCAGAGGGAAAAGAAAUCAUUUCAUUGUGAAAUCUGUGAUAAACAGUUCAAAAGAAGUUGGCAAUUAAGUGAACAUUUACGAACUCAUACAGGAGAGAAGCCGUACCACUGUGGAAUUUGUAGAAAAGCUUUCUCCUGUAAUAGUAGCUUAAGGAGACAUAGAACAGUUCAUACAGGAGAAAGGCCAUACCAAUGUAAAAUCUGUGGUAAGACAUUCUCAUUUAGUAGUAACUUAAAGAACCAUAUAAUGACUCAUGCUGGUAUGAGUCCCCAUCAGUGUGAAAUUUGUGGCAAGACCUGUACAUCUAAUAGUAACUUAACAAAGCAUGUAAUGGUUCACACAGGUGAAAGACCAUUUAAUUGUGAAAUUUGUGGUAAAUCAUUUAUGUCUGGUAGUAACUUCAAAAUGCAUAAAAUGCUUCAUUCUGGAGACAGUCCAUUUCAGUGUGAAAUUUGUAGUAAAUCAUUCUCAUCUAAUUAUAACUUAAACAAACAUAUGACUGUACAUACGGGAGAAAAACCAUUUAACUGUGAAAUUUGUGGUAAAGCCUUCUCAAGAAGAUGUCAUGUAACAAGACACAAUGUUGUUCACACAGGAGAGAAACCUUUCCAGUGUGAAAUAUGUGAUAAGGCAUUUUCUUCCAAUUAUAAUUUAAGCAUCCAUGUAAUGGUUCAUACUGGAGAGAGACCUUUUAACUGUGAAAACUGUGGUAAGUCAUUUUCAAGAAAAUGUCAUGUGACUAGACAUAAUAAGUCAUGUAACUAAAUAUGGAGUUAGUAUUAAUAGGAAUGUUUAAGGAACUAUGCUUUCUUCUGAGGUUAUUUAUGGAAAACACAAGUUCACAAAGAUAAAAAAAAGUGUGAAAUGUGUGGUGAAAUAUAUUGGGAAAAAUAAUCUCUGUUCUUUGCAAAGUAACCUGGAGCAGUUUCUGUUUAAUAAAGACUUGUUUAAAGCUGUUAUGCAAUCA